CAUAUUUGUUGUCUCCACGUCACAUUGGUCCGAUCGCGAUGUAAACCCAGUCAGUGGCAUUCAAGUUGGAAAUGUUUUGAACAUUUUCUGCACGGAUCAAUGGAUGCGAGAGACUAUUUGAAGUCCGAUCUGAUUCAGGCUAUUUGCUAAUCGUCGACUGGCACAAGAUGUGUUACAGAAGAAACAAAUCGAUUUUUCAGGGAGCUGUAUUUUUCGCUCUACUGGGUGGCCUUGGCUACACAUUCUACUUGUACAACAUUGUUUCAAUGGACUUAGAGAUCUCGAAAUCGGAAGCGAAUAGGUAUCUCCGGAAACAGGAGUCUUUCUCAUCUCAGCUUCAAGUUGUUUAUGAACAUCGAGCUCGGCUGGAAAGAUCCCUUCAAAAGGAGAAGGCAGAUCACAAGAAUACCAAACUAGAGUAUUCUAAAAAGCAAAAGGAGUUUAUUUUGAAUAUAACCAGAUCCAAGCAUGAAAACAUGAACAGGUUCAAUUCUUUAGAGACUUCACACAAUAUGCUAAAGGCCCAGAAUAAAGAGCUUGAUACAGAAUAUAGCCGUCUUCAGCAACAAUACUUUCGUCUCAGUUCAGAGCAUAGCACUCUUAACAACCAACAAAAAAGGAACUAUCAGCUGUUUAAAGAACAGAAGGCAAAUGAGAUAACAUCACUUGAUGAGGAAAUCAAAACACUGAAGAAACAGGUUGUGGCAUUAAGAACACAUCUUAAGACAAGAGAAGAGGAACUUGAGCGCUAUAAGUUGUCCAGCGCUCAGGAAUUGAGACAAAGUGAGCAAUACCAGGAAACAAUUAACACUCUAGAAGAAGAACUUGCAUCUUACAAGAAAUCACUGGAAAGACUCGAAAAAGCUCAGCAGAGAAGUCAAAAAACUGUUGGUCAGAACAAACUUGAAAAAGAUAAAACAUCAGAUGCUAGACAGCAAGGUAGUGAUCUACAUAACUCUUUUAAAUCUGAAGUAUUAACACAGGGAGACAAAGAAAAAACAGAGGUGGAAAAAGCAAAUCAAACAGGUUCACUUGGAAUGGAGAGCAGACAUGCUGAUGAACACAAAGUCCCGGACCGCCAUCGUCGAGAGACUUCCCUACCAGCCACACAUUCCAAUGCUGAUGAGGGGAAAGGACUCACAAGUAAGAAUCAGGAACAGGACAAUAUUCAGUUAGGAAGAAGGGAAGACAGCAGAAGAACUGAAGACUCAUUCAGUGAGAGUGAGCAGGUCCGCCAUGAUGUUCCUUUGAGGGACAGUGAGGAAGACACCGGGAACACAAAUAGAAAACAUGGAGUCCAUGUUGUCUCUGCUACAGAUAAAUCUGUGAAUGGAUGGGAAAGUAUCAUCAAGGCCGAGCGAGAUAGUCGAAGAGCCAAUCAGGAAGGAAGAGAAGGCAAUGAAGAAGGCAUAGAGGAAGAAGGCGAGGAGGAAAAUGUGAGAGAGAGAAAUAGAAGAUCAGUUGAUGAUGCAGACACCUCCCGACUACAGAACAAGAAUGAGCAGAAUUAUGUUCAGAAACAACCUGGCGAGGGAGAGGUGGCAAAUGAACGCAGAGGCGUGGCUCAGCUGGGAGACAAAGAUGGUGAGCAAAACGAACAGGGAUACCAAGAUGACGAUACAAGGAGACGGCGUGCCCAGUAUGGCGAGAAACAGAGCAACAAACGGGGUGAAGAAGAGGCACGGGAAGGAGAUGGUCAGGACAAUGAAUUAUCGCGAAAGAAAAUAAAUGAACAAGUGGCUGGAAUGCAGGAAGACUUUCACGAGGAACAAAUUCAGCAACAAAAUGAGGACUGGGAAGAUCAACGACAACUAAAACAACAAAUUCAACCACAGUUUGAAGGACUCUCUCUUGAACGAAACAAGCAUUAUGAAGCAAGGGAGUUGCCAACACAUAUUGAGUUGACCGCCAUCCCAGCCACCUCACACGACACAGCUCAGGACCAUAGAGAUCGGUCUGAUGCUGAAAAUGAUGACGAAGAUGCCAAUACUGAACAAGACACAGAGGAAGAUCCUGAUGAUGUUGAAGAAGUUCAAGAGAACGACAACAUAGAAUCAUUCAAGCAACAACAACAACAACAACAACACCAACAACCACUGAAACAGGACACACAGCGGAUUAAACCAAUCCAGGGUCAGCAAGGGUUACACCACAAGGAGAGGACCUUUAACAGAGCGUUAAAACAUGCUGACGAUAACAAUAAUAAUGAACAAAGCCAACAGGCGUAGUUAGAUAUUAAUUUUUCCUGCCUGUGACCACACCUCUUAAUAGGAAUGUGGCAAAUACUUUAGUAAUGAGAGAAGGAAAAGGGGAUGCGGUAUCCUCUUCUCUCGUUCCCUUCUUUUUUGCUACCAUCUUAUGUGUCCUCGGUGUUCACUGAUUGAUUCUCCCAACCCCUUCUCUACAGUUUCUCUAUCAAAUGUAUUCUUGAAUUUGGAAUUCGAACAUCAAAGUGAACGCGCGCUGUUCCUCAUGGAGGAACAUAUCGCAUGUCGUUUAAGUUUGGUGUUGUAUAUGACCGUUCGUCAAGUCACGCUCGUGUAGUGACGUUAAUUCAGAAGCUCACCGAGCUUUUGCGAAUAUUUUGCUGAAAGUUGCUUAAAGUGUGUACAGCAGCCCAGAAAUUUGAAGAAGAGAAUACUUUGCCUUAUUUUAUUGGUCGAUUCGGUUCGCUUAGUUAUGAUCUGGGACAAAUUAAUUUAUUUAGUAAAUGGAGCAUUAAGUUAAGAUAACGAAGGGGGGUGAAGGUCAAAAUAUCGUUAUGUGCGACUCUCUUCUCCGUAGAAAAGUAAAGAAAGUGUUGUAUAAGUACUGCUGUAUUGGCAUCCGUUUAAAAUUCAUGCCACUGCAAAGCUUAUUUAUUGCUUUUUCCAAUGUAGUUCGGCGGUUGAUUCAUAUGUUUACAGAUUUCACUGCUUACAUAAAGUUCUAAGACCGCAUUUAAGGGAGCUACUGAAUGACAUUCUAGUGUUUUUAGCUAUCAAGUUCAGUACUAUUGAGGAACCACAAGAUGUUUUUCCGUCAUGACACCACCUCUACCUUAUGUUAUCAGUUGGGCUCCGUGCUUCUAUUGCCAUGAACUAUCUCUUCAAGACGUUCUUGACAUAUCAGUUAGGUAAAGUGAAAUAGGCCAAAAAAAGAAAAAGGAUUAAAAAGAGAAGAAUGGCAAAGAAUGGAGAAUAUUAACGCAAAACUUUAGGAUAAAUUUUUCAAAAACGUUACGUGGCUCCUUUGUUUCUAAUAUGCUUUUAGAUAGGAAAAAAAAAAGCCAACAUAUCUUUCACGCUCUGAUCUAACAAAAAACUAACGCUUAUUGUAUUGGUAAACUCCAAGCUGUCUUGCAAGAGCAUUAAGCCGCCCAUUCUAUCGGUUUACCGCCGUUUUAAUUGAGAGUUUGGAAGAUCGCUUAAGGGUUUGUAAUUUAAGUAAUGUAGGUUCAUUCCCAGUAUUUAAGUAGACGCGGUGAGGGUUACUGCACUGGUAAACCGAUAGAACUGGGGUCUGUUGGAUAUCAAUUCUCAAGGGGUUUCCAUAUUUUGUGCAUUUUGUACGUGUAAAUGAACAAGACUUCACAGUACACAACGUAGACGGUUAAAGAGGGAACAGUUUUCGAUUCAUAUCAAAAUUAAUCAUAUGCUUUGUAGGUUUAAACCUCAGGAAAAUCUGCAAUACCGUGAAUAAUAAAGAGGGUUACCAUUUUAA